CUCCAAGUUACAUUUUUCUACAGUAUGGCUUGAUGCGGUUCUGUUGCGCUUCCAAAGUACACUUGACGUUUCCAGAAAGCGUCAUAUCAGCACCGCUGUGGAAACCGUUAUUUAUCCUUCAGCAUAAGAUCCAUCUAAUGCGAGCAAUUACAACUUAAGGGAUACCUCGAAGAUUUUUAAACAGUUAUCUACAAACAAUUUUUAUUUCCAAAUUACUCCGUCCCACCCUCAUAAACUACAAUCAUGGCUCUUCAUACUUUCGAGAGCCUUCCGAAUUUUAAAACAAAGCCGCACAUUGUCGUUCUCACAGACAUCUGCAACGAACCCGAUGAUGCGGAGUCGCUCACUCGCUUUCUACUAUAUGCAAAUGAGUUCCAAAUCGACGGGUUGGUUGCAACAACUUCCUUCUGGCAGCAGACGUCAACGCACAAGCAGCAGAUCCACCAAAUCCUCGAUGCAUAUGCCGAGGUCCAGGCGAAUUUGAACGCGCAUGUUCCUCCGAGCCGUCAAUAUCCAACGGCAGAGGUUCUACGUCAGGUCGUCCGCGAUGGCAUCGCUGAGUACGGGAUGACAGGGGCACGGGGCCCAUUGAAUGAAGGCUCCGAGCUACUUAUUGCAGCCGUGGACGCAAUUGCCUCUGACGGUCACAUAUGGGUUUUGAUCUGGGGCGGCGCCAAUGUACUUGCGCAAGCUCUCCUCCAAGUGCAGAAGUCUCGGUCUGAAACUGAAGUAGCCACAUUUGCUGCUAAGCUUCGAGUGUAUGCCAUAUCAGAUCAAGACGACUCUGGGACUUGGAUAAGACUGAAUUUUCCCAAAAUCUUCUAUAUUGCCUCUAUUCACGGCUGGAAUGCAUACGGACUUGCUGCUUGGACGGGGAUAUCGGGAGAGUCAUAUUACCAUUUCAACCAGGGCGGCCCUGACUCCAGUCUUGUGACCAACGAAUGGCUCAAGAAAUAUAUCCAAAUCGGGCCAUAUGGCAAAGCAGCCUAUCCGGAUCCAGUAUUCAUUCCAGAAGGCGAUACGCCAACGUUUCUCAGCCUCAUUCAGAAUGGACUCACGGAUCCUUGCCACCCUGGAUGGGGUGGGUGGGGAGGACGUUAUAACCUUACGGAUCUUACUGGUAAAGACGGUAGCAGACACUAUAGCGAUGCUGCGGACUACGUUCGUGGAAAAGACGGCAAUAUGCAUGUUGGAAGCCAAGCCACAAUCUGGCGUUGGAGAGACGCAUACCAGGGGGAUUUCGCCGCACGUAUGCAGUGGACGCUGAGCAACGACUUCAAUAACGUCAACCACUCACCUAUACUAGUAGUUAACGGCGAUUCAGAGUUGGGCGCUUUGCGCAUCAAGACAGGGUUUGGAACAACAGUACACCUUGACGCCUCCCAGAGCUGGGAUCCAGACUCCGCUGACAGCCUGCAAUUUCGGUGGUUACACUAUAGAGAGCCCUCUGCUACGCAGUGGACAGUCAAAUUCGAGGUACCGGAGCUGACCUUCAAAGAUGAGUCUGACGGGAAGAGAAAAUUCGAAAAGGUCUCGGUGGAGAUCCCCGGAAAGGACGAAGGGAUGAUUUUCCCGUUAGAUCCGGAAAAAGUAAUGAAAUGGGGACCAAAAACCUACCAUUUAAUCUUGGAAGUCAUUGAUAAUGCCAAGUUUCCAAUGAGGGCCUAUAGGAGGGUAUUGGUUGAAGUAGCAGAUGAUUCAUCUGGUUCAGAGAAAUUACAGGUUGACUGGGAAGUCGCAGAGGUUUAAUCUAGUUAGCUUGAACUUACAGUCCAUAACUAUAUAUAUUGCUAUACUAAGCUACUGUACCGUAAUUCAACGAG